AUGUCAACCAUUCUCCAAAAAGCGCGGGCCUCAAAAGGCCUUGCCUUCGCCCAGAUCGUCAGAACAGAAUACACCAACGUGCCUGUCUUCAUAUCCGAGUCCUUCCUCGCACCACUUCCCGACCCCUCCAUAAUCAAAGUAUCCAAAAUCGAUUUCGAGGAUUCGCCACUCCCUGAGUACAAACGCUUGUAUGCAGUAGUCCUCGACAAUGUUCUAUCUCAGGAAGAAUGUGACCAACUGCUGUUUAUGAGUGAGAUGUCAGUCGGUGCCCACCGAGGUGGAGACGAGCCAGAGAAUAAUGGGUGGAAGCCCGCCAUGGUUAACGCAGGUAGGAAUUAUGAGGUUCUUGCUCUUGAGUAUCGCAAUAGUGAUCGUAUCAUUUGGGAUAAUCAUGUUAUUGCUCAGAGGCUUUGGGAUAGGGUCAUGCAGGCUGAGGGAAUGAAGAAGUAUUUCUCUAUCUUGGAAGGAGAGGCGUAUCAGGCAGUAUGUGGGGACUCGAUGUUGGGGGGUGAUAGAUGGAAGGUGGCGAAGCAAGGGCUCAAUGAGAGAUUGAGGUUCUUGAAGUAUGGCCCUGGGCAAUUCUUUAAAGAACAUUGUGAUGGCAGCUAUGAAACAGACGAUGGGUCACAGAAAUCCUUCUAUACGUACCACCUCUACCUGAAUGAUUCAGCACAAGCACUUGGCAUCCCUGAGUCUUCAGAAACGGAGCUUCUCCGAGGCGGAGCAACGACCUUUCACUCAGCCGACAAGAAACGCAGCUUCGACGUUGAUCCAAGGAUCGGCCGUGUCCUUAUCUUCCAGCACAGACGACUGAUCCAUUCUGGAGAUGAGGUCACUGCUGGUAUCAAAUACACUAUGAGGUCGGAUGUAAUGUUUGAGUUUGAUGAAAGAAGUGUUAAAGUGAAUAAAAAUGGCGAUAUUAUUAUCGAUUUGUAG